AAGAGACUGGUCGGUCAUGGAGAGGAGAGAGCCCUUCCUCUCCUUGGACUUGGACACGAGGAGGGUAGAUACGAUAGAUCUUGGCUCCAUGUCGGCCAUGGACACCGACAUCAACGCGCCGCCGCCCCCCGCCCCCGCCCCCGCCGGCGAGGGCUCCUCCGCCGCUGGUCCCUCCUCCUCCUCCCGCAAGCCCAACAAGCGCUUCGAGAUCAAGAAGUGGAACGCCGUCGCGCUCUGGGCCUGGGAUAUCGUCGUCGACAACUGCGCCAUCUGCCGCAACCACAUCAUGGAUCUCUGCAUCGAGUGCCAGGCAAACCAGGCCAGCGCCACCAGCGAGGAGUGCACUGUCGCUUGGGGUGUCUGUAAUCAUGCUUUUCACUUCCAUUGCAUCAGCAGGUGGCUCAAGACUCGCCAAGUGUGCCCAUUAGACAACAGUGAAUGGGAAUUUCAGAAAUAUGGGCACUAGACGCCACCUGCUGUCAAUGCUUGUUUGGUGCAACGGCUGUACUAGAAACCCAAGUCAUAUCAUCUGCGAAACAGUUCCAUCGUUAGUUUCUUUCAAUGCCUUACAUCUAUCGCUGGACAAUUAUCGUGAGUACUACUCCCGUACAGGGAUUGUGUUAGGAUGAUUUGUAGAGAGGGUAUCGUAUGACAUAAGAUCCUUCUUACCAAUGUUCUGCGGGGUCACAACUCGACUUGCUAUUGUAUUCGGGGGUUGUUUCUCAAUUUGCCUUGUGCUGGACCGUGGUCCGUGGUGCCA